GCGCAUAUAUCACAUUGUCAUAGGCUUCCCGUGUUGCCAAUAUUUGUCCUACGUCACUUCCGCCCUGUGUAAAUCAAGUGCUCCCGUUAGUUAUUCGGCGCCAAUUUUAUUUAUCGAGAUACUGGAUUUUGUAAUGUGACAUGAGGGAAAGUAAAGAGCAUGGCAGCUCUUCCUCAGAAUAAUCUCCAAAAACAACUAGAGCUUUUUUCUGCAAAAGGAACGGGAAACAAACUUUGUCUACAGAAGUCAAAACCGAGUGCUUUCACAUUUAGAAAAAGUUCUCCAGAUGGGUCGGUUUCAAAUAGCUUAUUUCAGAUAAAGCAAAAUGUAGCUCUCAAGGACAAAAAUGUGAAUGUUACACAGACAGAGCCCUUAAAAAGGGAUCAUACUUUUUUACCAAAGACUAAAGAACAGGGUAAAAUUAAUGGGUUAAGUACUGGCACUAUAAAAUGGUUAAAUGGUCCACAAGCAGUGAGUUCCCAGGAACGACUACAGAGCAAUACACCUAAGAGAAGUGAAAGUUGCAGAAAACCAGAGCCUUGUGUAAAAAAAGCAGAUUUGAUUUCUUCCAUCAGCUCUUCUAUCAGCUUGGAAGAAUGGGAUGAUAUUGAUGAUUUUGAAACUCCUAUUUCUCCUCCAAAAGGACAAAUAUGGAAUCCAGACAAAACUUCGCAAAAAUGCAACAAUACACCAUCCACAAAAUCAAGUCCAGAGUUGCCGCGUCUACCAGACUUUACCAAGCAAACUGGUAUCAAAAACAAGUUGGUUGAUGAGAUUGCUCAUAUUGUUGUUCCUGAGAAAUCAAAUACUCCAAACCAGUCAGUUGUUUGUUUGGAUCCUCUGGAUUCAGAAAGUGCAGAUAGAGACUCAUGCAGAGUGACUUAUCCUAUCAUACUUGAAGAUGACUUUGAAGAGGAUUUUAUUCCCCCAUCCCCAGAGGAUGAAAGUUUUUCAUCUCCUCCUGCACUCAAAGCUAUCUGCUCAAUGAAGAAACAAUCUGUCUCAUCUGUGGCAGAGGUUCUGGUGUUAAACCCUCAACUGUGGGCUGUGAUGGUGGAGAUUUGUGAGCUGGUUGAUAAAAUUCCAAUUUCGGAUCUGCAAAGACUGUCCUGUGGAAAGGAUCUUCAGAGGAAAAGGGAUGAGCGGAAGCGGCUUUUCUCUGACUCUGUGUUCAAAACUUCUGCCCACAAUCACUUAGAAUUAUCUUUGUGUUCUUCCCCUUCAUCCCCUAUAAUCAGAAAUUCAGCAGAAUGUUCCCCUACGAUUCGAUCUCCAGACACCAAUUAUACACCAAGCACUGCAUUAGGUCACACUUUUAAAUUUAAAUCUCUGGGGGGUGACAAGAGUAAUAAUAACAAAAACACUGCUCUGCUGAUUCAAGUAGUCAAACAGACCCAUCAAACUAGUUUCAAACCUUCCUUCACCUUCCAUGAAAGGGAUUCAGUAUAUAAAACCUCUACUAGUUUUCAGGACUCUACUCUCAGUAAUAGUUGGUGUAAAACACCACAUAGUGAGAAACCAAUAACUACCAGUACUUGCACCAGACCUGUCACUCAUGUGACAAAUGAUUUGGAAAAUGUUGACAUGGACUUUGAUAUUGAUAACUUUGAUAUUGAAGAUUUUGAUGAAGACAAUUUGCAAACUAUUGCCAAUGCAUCUGCACCCCCUGUUUGCAGUACCCUUCCUUCAGAAUUUCCUAAAAUUCACAAGACUCAACAAGCUACUCAAUGCAAAGGAUUUAACUCUACAACUCAGACUGCAGACAAAACUCUGCAUUCUGAUUCAAUCCUAAAGCCACAGUUAGAGAAUCCAGCCCAUGAGCGUCUCAGAGGCUACAACUUUCCACAUUCUAAAGAAAUGAUGAAGAUAUUCCACAAGAAAUUUGGGUUGCAUCGCUUUCGAACUAAUCAGCUGGAAGCCAUUAAUGCAGCUCUGUGUGGAGAAGACUGCUUCAUAUUGAUGCCAACAGGUGGUGGCAAGAGCUUGUGUUACCAACUGCCAGGGUGUGUUUCUCCAGGAGUUACUAUCGUUAUUUCUCCUCUCCGUUCACUUAUAGUAGAUCAGGUUCAGAAGCUCACCUCUCUAGAUAUUCCGGCUACGUAUCUCACUGGUGAUAAGACAGAUUCUGAGGCUGCUAGCAUUUACUUGCAGCUUUCCAAGAAGGACCCUAUUAUAAAGCUACUGUAUGUAACACCAGAAAAGGUCUGUGCAAGCACUAGACUUCUAGCCACGUUGGAAAAUCUGUAUGAGCGUCAGCUGUUGUCACGUUUUGUGAUUGAUGAGGCUCAUUGUGUCAGCCAGUGGGGACAUGAUUUUCGACCAGACUAUAAGCGUUUGAAUAUGCUACGUCAGAAAUUCUGCUCUGUGCCAAUGAUGGCUCUCACAGCCACUGCAAAUCCAAGAGUACAGAAAGACAUUCUGAACCAGCUUAAGAUGACGAGACCACAGAUAUUUUCAAUGAGCUUUAACCGGCAUAAUCUGAAAUAUGAGGUCCUGCCUAAAAAGCCCAAGAAGGUAGCUUUGGAUUGUGUGGAUUGGAUCAAGAAACACUUUCCAAAUGAAUCUGGGAUCAUUUAUUGCCUCUCACGGCACGAAUGUGAUACAAUGGCAGACACUCUGCAGAAAGAGGGUCUGGCAGCUCUUGCAUAUCAUGCAGGGCUUAGUGAUCCAAACCGUGACCAUGUACAACAUAAGUGGAUCAAUCAGGAUGACUGCCAGGUAAUUUGUGCCACUAUUGCAUUUGGGAUGGGUAUCGAUAAGCCAGAUGUAAGGUAUGUCAUCCAUGCCUCACUCCCCAAGUCUGUGGAGGGAUACUACCAGGAGUCUGGCAGAGCUGGUCGAGAUGGUGAGAUGUCCCACUGUCUCCUGUUCUACAGCUACCAUGAUGUAACACGUAUCCGCAGGCUAUUAAUGAUGGAGAAGGAUGGCAACAGUCAUACAAAGCAGACACAUUUCAACAACCUAUAUAGUAUGGUGCAUUACUGUGAGAAUGUGCUAGAGUGUCGUAGAACACAGCUUCUGGCUUACUUUGGAGAAAAUAACUUUAACCCAAAAUUCUGCAAGGAACAUCCACGAGUGGCAUGUGACAACUGUAAUGGGAAGAAGGAAUACAAGACUCGUGACGUAACAGAUGAGGUGAAAGCUAUUGUGAGGUUUGUACAAGAUCACUGUUCUAAAGUACAAGGACGUGGCAAAGGAAGAAAUAACACCAACCGCUUGACACUCAACAUGCUUGUGGAUAUAUUUCUUGGAACUAAAACGGCAAAGGUUCAGACUGGCAUAUUUGGGAAAGGAGCUGCCUACUCCCGGCAUAAUGCAGAGAGGUUAUUCCGGAAGCUGGUCCUAGACAGGAUCUUGGAUGAAGAGCUUUACAUUACAGCUAAUGACCAGGCUGUGGCAUACACAACCAUAGGAGAAAAAGCUCAAGCUGUUGUAAAUGGCUUCUUAAAGGUAGAGUUCCAGGACACUGAGAAUGCAAGUAGUAUCAGGAAACAAAAGGCAUCUAUUGUGGCCAAUACGUCACAAAGGGAAGAAAUGGUGAAAAAAUGCCAAGCAGAGGUCACUGAGCUCUGCAAGCGCUUGGGCAAAAUCUUUGGAGUACACUACUUCAAUAUCUUCAAUACUGCCACAAUCAGAAGGAUAGCAGAGACCCUGUCUCCUGAACCGGACACUUUGCUUCAGAUUGAUGGAGUGACAGAAGAUAAACUUGAGAAAUAUGGAGCAGAAUUAAUAGAUGUUCUACAGAAAUACUCUGAAUGGAAACUUCCAGCUGAGGAUGAAGCUAGGAUAUCUGUGGCAUCCUCAGUUGCUACAGCUAGGAACUGUGAAAGUGAUGAGGAAGCUGAAGAGAGGAGUGGAACAUCCUCAUACUUCAACUCUAAAACCAACAAAGGAACAAAGAGGAGAAAAGCUCCUUACUUUAAGAAGUCUAAGAAAAGAAAGACUGGAGGAGAAGGUCAACAGGUUUACUCAAGAAGUGGCAACGAUGCAUCUUCAUCCAAGAACAAUUCUGCUAGCAAAAUAGCUGCUGGUUAUAACCAAGGAUCCAAGUCAGGACCUGUAAAAAGACCAGGAUUCAUGGCACCACCUCUACCUCAGAACCGUCGCUUCCUGAAACCUUCCUACUCUGUGUUUUAAAAUUGAGAUUUUCUUAACUUUUAUUGUAAUUAAUAUAAAUAUAUAUAUGUAUAUGUACAUAUGUUGUAUUUUGUUGUAUUUUUUAUAAAUCUGGAUUUCUAGUAAACUAAGUAAAUAAUAAUGUCUUCUGACAUAA